AUGUUUGAGCAUCAACUACCAACACCCACCGAUACACCCACACGCAUGGACUUUGAUGAACCAUCGCCAACCUCCUAUGCACACAACUCCACAACAUGGACCCCAGUGGACAGCAUGACGCCGAUUUCUACGAAUCCUUCGCGGAAACGGUCACGUGACGAAUCGGCAUUUGACCUCGUCGACGGAGGCUAUUUCCACGCCGCAGAGAUAGUCAAGCCGCCCGAGCCUAUACCGGAAGAGCCCAUUUACGGCGAAGGCAUGGUCCUCAUCAACCCUAGCACAGGAGCAGCGCUCGGUGCCGAGUCUCAAACUGGCACGUGGUACGAAGAGAAAGCCGACCAUGAAACGCUCAAGCGCGAAGUCGAGGCCGCCAACUUCCGACCAAAGCUGCCAACGAGCCGCAAAUCUAUCAGACUAUCGCAAAGCUCCAUCAAGACCGGCUUCGAGUCCUUCAGUGCGCAGAACAACGACGUUUUAUCGUCUACGAUCACCGUGCCGGCCAGCCCACCCAAAACCUCCUCCAGCGGAUCGCAUCCUGAAAUUGACGAUGCGACACUCGCACUCGGCAUUGGCUGGACGAAGAUCUCGUCAGACGAGAAUAUCCAGACCGCUGCUCGAGGCUGGGCGCGCUACCUCGAAAACCACUACGCGCGACACGUGCAUGGCGCGGAAAUCCUGCUGCAGAGCACCGGCUUGAAUGCCUACCUCGUUGGCUGUCAGGAGGGCUUUUACUUGUUUGCUGAGAAUCUGCUCGAGGGUCGAUUAGUUAGUCGUAGCUGGGAUGGCUGUCUUGCUAAUUUGCGCGCCCCUGGAGGUAUAGUGUUCGAAGGAGAACACACGUUGAGUGCGGAGCGGACGCCUGGACCGGAUCUGGCAGUCUUCGCGGGGCAGCAGCAGCAGUCGCUGGAGCAGGAACCAAUGGCGGCUAUGGCGGUAGAGACAGAGGUUGCGGAGCCGAAGGCAUCGUCGCAGCAAAUCUCGUCGAGGACGCCUCAGAAUUGGGCCGAGUAUAACCGGCUGCAGAAUCCGAAUGGUGCUUGGGUCGCGGGAAUGGAAAUGGAUUAG